UAGAUACCGUAAAAAGACGUCGUCUUUGGGCUGAAUCCGAUCUGGAAUCAGCUCCCGACGACGAAAAAGAUCGAGUUGGGGGAGAUACCUCGUCGCCGAUCCUUCCAAAUGGAGGAGAAUUUGAGGUUUGCCUUGACGAGAAAAGAAGGGAUUUUUUAUUUGAUGUCCUCACCUGGUCGUCGAUGUUGGUGAGGAUUGUUGCGGACGAAUUUGGGGAUCAUGGGAUUUCUAAGCGUCGUGGGCAAUUCCUUUGGGUGUUCCGCCACCGGAGAGCGGCUGGUGUCGGCGGCGAGAGAUGGGGAUCUGCAAGAGGCCAAAGCCCUCUUAGAGGUCAAUCCUCGACUAGCUCGGUACUCCACCUUCGGCGUUCGGAAUUCGCCGCUCCAUUACUCCGCAGCUCAGGGUCACCAUGAGAUUGUCUCUCUUCUGAUCGAAUCUGGAGUUGAUGUUAACCUAAGGAAUACACGAGGACAGACUGCAUUGAUGCAAGCUUGUCAAUAUGGUCGUUGGGAGGUUGUUCAGACAUUAAUUAUUUUCAAAGCCAAUAUUCACAGAACAGAUUAUCUCAAUGGCGGAGCAGCUCUCCACUUUGCAGCUAUAAAGGGUCACACUCGUUGCAUACGUCUUCUCCUUGCUGACUAUGUUCCAAGCAUAUCUAAUUUUUUGAAAAUGAUGAGGUCAAAAUCAAAACGGGAAUCAUCUAUUCCUGACUUCGACAAGAGUGCAUUAUCUAAGGUUGUGAACCAAAAGGCUGAUGGAGGCAUCACAGCUCUGCAUAUGGCAGCACUAAAUGGGCAAGCAGAGACUGUGCAUUUACUACUAGACUUGGGUGCCAGUGUUUCUGAAGUCACUGUGAAAGAUGGAUCAACAAUUGAUCUUAUUGGUGCUGGAAGCACACCCCUUCACUAUGCGGCUUGUGGGGGAAAUGCAAUGUGUUGUCAGGUUCUUAUAGCAAGAGGAGCCAGCUUGAGUGCUGAAAAUGAUAAUGGAUGGACCCCUUUAAUGGUAGCCCGUUCAUGGCAUAGAAAUUUGAUUAUAGAAAUCCUGAGUCACAGAUCAAGUGGUCGCAUAAAGGUUCUCCCCUCCCCAUAUUUGUCUAUUCCUCUUAUGAGCAUCAUGAAGAUUGCUAGAGAAUUGGGUUGGAGGAGCACAACCCAGUCACCUGCAUGCACUGAUCCUUGUGUUGUUUGCCUGGAAAGGAGAUGCACAGUAGCUGCUGAAGGUUGCAACCAUGAAUUUUGCACCAGAUGUGGCCUGUACCUGUGUUCCACCACCAACACCUCAACAAGCUUGUUGGUGCCACCAGGAUCCAUCCCUUGCCCCUUGUGCAGGCAUCCUAUUGUCUCAUUUGCCAAAAUUCCUGGAGUGAGUCCAAUCAGGGAGCUGCCGAGAAGGAGCAUAAGCUUGUCUCUAUGCACUGCCUGCCCAUCUGUGAAUGGCUUUGGUGGCACUGCACCAAUGACUGCACAGUUCUGUAAGCCCGAGUUCCAUUUCACCAGGGCCCCUCCUUUUGGCUCCUCUUCUUUCAGGUCACUUAGCUGUCAAAGGUUUCCCUCCAUGAAGAUGAACCAAACACUUUGCAUGGGAGUUCCUGAGACAAGCCCCUCACUCGUGAGAUUUUCAAGGUCUGGUUCGAACUUAAGACGAGUCUCUUUCACAUCGCAAGCCAUUGUCACAAAUGCUGAGAGGGGUUAGUUUUUUCACCUUCAAAUCAAUUCUUUUGUCACCCCUACGGUUUCUGCUAUGUAUAUUUUUGCCUAGUUUGUUCAGUAGAGAUUCAUGGAUUCUGUAAUUAUUGUUUGUAGUUAAAACAAGUUUGUUUGUGCAACUGUAGUCAAGUUGUUGCUAUGCAUUUUUUUAGCUAA